ACAAUACUCUACUACACCACUGACCCCUCCCCGUUUUAAAACUGAGUGUUUGAGCUAUAACUGAACGCAGCACCGCCUGCUGGCAUGUCAGUGGUGGGCAGGAUUAUGUCAAGUUGGGUAUCUUUCGCCAUAAACAAGGAGAAAUGUACACAUCCUUGAUAAUAAAACGACUUCUAACGGGGCAACGAAAGAAAACCGGUGCGCUUGCUGAGUCCUUGAGAGAUAAUAAUGGCCCUGUCUGUAUACAUCUGCUCCCUCUAUGCUAACCUAUGCUACCCUACCAGGCUGUGCUGUGAGAGAAAGAGUUUAGUGAGUGAAGUGGGUGAAGAAGGUUGGAGUGGGGCAGUUGAUCGCCCAGCCAGAUGGCCUCACCCUUCGUCCCUGUAGCUGUCCCCAUCAUGGACCGGACCAUUCCCGGGGCCAAUGGGAAGCCAAGGCGGGGGCCGCAGAGGACGUCCUCACUAAACAGUGUUUCAGAGUCCUCCGCAAGGGGCCCAGGGGAUGAAACCCCGGGGUCCAGAGGGGGCAGAAUUGGAGGGGCCCGUUCGCAGAGCUCAGAGAGAGACUGCAGCUUCACCUCUCCAGCCUCCCAGUGUCAGAGUCCAGUGACUCGGGCCAGGCUGAACGGCCUGGGGCAGGACCCCUCAGUAGAGUACUCCAGCUACCCCUGGACGAACGUCAAGGAAUCCACGCCGGCACCUAUGGGGCACUCAGAGUGGGAGGAGCGGCCCAUCACCCCCACCGUGUUGGGCUACGAGGUCAUGGAGGAGCGGGCAAAGUUUACGGUUUAUAAGGUCCUUGUGAGGAAGACUCAGGAGGAGAGUUGGGUGGUGUUUAGAAGAUACGCUGACUUCUCCAGGCUCAACGACAAGCUGAGGGAGAUGUUCCCAGGGUUCAGACUGUCUCUUCCUCCAAAGCGCUGGUUCAAAGACAACUAUAAUUCUGACUUCCUGGAGGACAGACAGCUGGGCUUGCAGGCCUUCCUUCAGAACCUGGUGGCGCACAAAGACAUCGCCAACUGCGUAGCAGUCAGAGAGUUCCUGUGUCUGGAUGAUCCACCAGGCCCCUUUGACAGUCUGGAAGAGAGUCGGGCGUUCUGUGAGACUCUGGAGGAAAGUAACUACCGACUGCAGAAGGAGCUGCUUGAGAAGCAGAGACAGAUCAGUUCCCUGAAGAAGAGGCUAGAGGAGAAGGACCACCACAUCCACCUGUUGGAGAAACGCAUAAGUGGGGAGUGUCUGACCCCAGAGAGUCCAUGUGAUCGGUCGGCUCAGGGCAGUGAGAGCAGCAUAGAGGUAGACGUGGAGUUGUCAACUGCCGAGACUGACCAGGAAGUAAUAGCAGAGGAGAACGGUAGGUGUGAACCCGACCCGGGUGUCCGUCUGUCAGGCUGUUGGUGUGCUCCGGCCAGCUCUACGCCGGUCAUCCAGGUCACCCAGGACUGCGACGCUCAGCUGCAGCACUGAUCCAUCCGCUAUAUGCUCCUCUCUCCCCACUUCUUCAUUCACUUAUUUCAUUUUUUCUUUUUUUACGGUGAGAAGAGUCCUUAGACUAAACUAGUGUCCCAAUGGAUGCCUGAAGACGGUAGUCCACCUCAGACUGUGUAGCCCGACCACAUAGGAUCAGUGCACGCACACACACAUGCAAUUAAACUUCAACUGUAUCUAGUACUGUAGUUCAUUAGUGUUCUGGGGUCUGCUGCUUCUGCACCUUGUUCAUACAACGUGCUGGUUGUGCUCUUAUAGCCAAAGAGAGGGUGUUUGAACAAGCGCCUGUAUCCCCAUAAGGGCCCGGUCGAAACCAUGGCUUUAAGACCGAAAACCCAUGGAGGGGAGUGUCCACCUCCGACCUUGAAGCCACUUGGAUGACAUUGUCGUUCAACCCGAUGAACCCUAUGACAAUCCACGGGGGAGUGGAACCACCCCAGCAUCACAGCGCCGCCAUGUGGGCUCAUUAUCAGGUGUGGCUACAGAAGACGACUCAGGACAGCGGCUUGGGAUGAGCUGCGCGCAGAAAGACUGGGAAAGGGGAGUUCUGCAGGUCGCCGUGUUGGUACGGACAAACGUCUUCUUACAAAGACCAAGACUGUUAUGUUGGCGUUCGUAUACCUGGUCGAACACCUGCGUCUUGUAUGGUGUCCACUAGAGUGGUCCUUUUGCUCAUUGCUUGCACUGCCCUCCUGUAUCUCCACAGACGUGGACCACGAGUAAUACAUCAGUUACACAAGUCAUGCGUUUGUGGGUCAUUUUGUCAGGUGACAGUUGAUCAUGACCCGCUUUGUUCAGCCUCAUUGGUUGGGGGGGGGUUCAUUUGAAGCUUUUUGAUGUCAUGCAUUGCUUGCACUACUCGAUCAUCUCUGAGGGGGUCAGAAACCGUCAACCUUGACAUGUCAAGUCUUCAGGCUCGGAUGAAAGGACACCCUGGGCGUCCGGACACCUCUGGUUUUAAAGUACGUUUCACUAAAGUGCUAUGUUUUCAUCAUGUGCAUCCCACAUUAUAUGAAACCACUAUUUAAUGGGCAAUAUUGUUAACCUAAUUUCUACAUUAAGAUAUGUUUUGCCGUCAAUAUGUGACCAGAAGAUUUGUUACUGUUGAAACCAGUCAUUGCGGUCAUAUCAAGGCAUAUCUGUAGGUUGCUCUGCUACUCACCUUUAAAAGGGCAGGUUUGUAAUACAGUAAGAUUGUUUUAAUAAAAAUAACUUUAGUGAGGUGAACAAUGUAUCCACUGAUUGAUAAACAUAUGGAAACGUAGGCUGUUGUUGUUAAGCUGAAUGACCCUGGCCCGCUUAGAAUGAUUCUCUUUUAACGCUUACCUCAUCACUGCCUGGUAAGUGUGGAUAUUCCAUGCCUAUAACUGCGAUGACAUUAUAUUCUAUGGUUUCCACUUGUGAAUUUCACUUUGUUUCUGUGAAUGUGUGUAGACAAAAUGUCAUACUUGAUCAUUGUAAGCCAUACUAUGAACACUAGUUGUUGUUGGAUGUAGACAAACGUCCUCAAAAGAUAUACUUAGUCACAUUUUAGUGUAUUACUAAAAUGUACAACAUUUCACUAAAUGUCAUAUGUUGAUGUUUUGUUUCUUAAUAUGUGCAAAGAGCUUUCAUAGACAUAGCUUUAGCUCCUUGCUCUCUUGCAGAGUUUAUGUUUGGGACAUGGCCAGCAGUGGCUGUAUGAUGCACUUUAUAUAUGGCAUGGGAUUAUGUUAAAUAGGCUAGCGGAGCCUCCAUUUUAUUAUGGUGAGUUCAAAGCAGUGUGCCUUCUCAGUCUUUUCCACAGAAAUAAUGAGCUUCUAGUGGCCAAAUGGCUGUUUUAACAUGAGCAGUGUGAUUCAGGGGUUCACCAUUUUAACAUACUUAACAUUUAGGCCUCCGGACUACCUUGGCUGAUUCCCCCUGAGCACAUCCUGAAUUGUCAUCAGGAGGGAUCAGUCAAUUGUGUGAAAGAUUAUUGACUACUUCAAAAUGAAUUGCCCGUUCAAUCACAGAUGCCGUUAAUGGGAAAUGUGUUGUCUAUUCUCUGUGGUCUUCUAAUACAUGCAGCAUAGUUUUCCAUACUUUGUUGUUGAACAUUUGCUCAAUGAUCAAAUCACACUGGUGUAUUCUCUUAAAACAAAUGUGUGCCUUGAGUCCCUCUUGCUUACGAUAUUUCUUUAGUUCACUUUUAUCUCCAUAGAUACUAGUAUGAAAUGUGAAAAUAAAACUGUUCACUAUUGUUUUGGCAAUGGAAAUGGUUUUAAAGGACUGUUCUAAGUUCUAUGCACCAUUGAUACACCUUUAUGCUACAAAAUUAUUAGAAUGUUGGUUAGACAUUAUCAAACCUCCAUAAAUUCUUGUAAGUUAAACAUUUUCUCUGAUUUGUUCUAAAACCUGCAAUUUAGUGUUCCUGUCUCUUUUUAAAUGCUUUUCUGUUUUAUUAUUUUUAUACAAAUGUAUCUGGUAUGUGAGAAAAUGGCAUGUGGGUUGUGAACCUACGCGUACUGUGGCUGACCUUAACACAUUCAGCCAACCGGUUUUUGUUCAGAAGAAAAACUGUAUGCAGCCACAGUCCUUUCAUGUGUGAUGUUUUCAAAAUAAAUAAAAAAAUCCCCACCUAAACCCCAA